AUGGCCAUUGGUCUUGUGGUUAAUCGAGAUGUUUUUAGACGCAUUACCGAAUGCUCCCGAUGGGCCCGGGAGGACUUGAAUGCGGCCGUGCAAGCAUUAGGGAGGGCCAAUCGCACGGGGCAGAAUCGCCCACAAAAAGCUUGGAUUCUAACCCAAAAACGCUCCAUCAACAUGUUUACUGAAGCGAGAAAUAUGGUCAAGGCACUUCCACAGAUUGCAGCUGACCUACACAGCGAUCUGAAGGAAAUCUUGGAUGAGGAUAAUAGGAGAAUCGGUAGCACACAAGCUAUCAAAAAGCCUGGGACAAGAGAAACUAGACAUGGACAAGGCAAACCUCGACAUAUUUCUCGAGACCAUGAGUACUCGAGACACUGGAAGCAAUAA